UAUGUUACUUUCGCAGAAUUAGUUUUCUUCUGAGCGCACCAAACAGAGUUUUUAUCGAAACAUAUCAAGCUCGCCAAUCACUAAUUGGUAAUCAAUCAUGGCCUUUAAGAAACUGGGUACUUCUCUGAGCCGUGCGUUAUGGAACAACGGUAGCAGAACACCGCCUCCUGCGAGAUCAAAGAAAAGUAACUGUGUUUUCACAAUAUGCGAUGAAUAUUCUGGGUUCCAGAGAGCAGAAGAGAAGAAAUGUGAAGGCUGUGAAUCAGGUUCGUGCAGGUCGGAUCCAGCGGUGUUGUCACCCAGCGCUCCCUCCGCACCUGCCGUUCACAGCCUCAAGCGACCCGAGGAGCCUGUCGCUGUGUUAGGACGAUCGUACUCGUCUACAGCCCUAAAAGUGGAUCAUAAGACAUACUUGUGGGCUCGUUAUAAUGAGAUGAAACGUCUUGUGCAUGACCUGAUUCCUCCAGGUGUUUGUAACCUGCUCAAUUCUUCCACCAUUUAUGCCAACAAUGAGGUGAGCCUGGCAGAGGUGGACAUAUAUGGCUUUGACUAUGAUUACACUCUGGCCCUCUACUCCAACGCCCUCAACACCAUGAUCUUCAACACCGCCCGGGACUUCCUCGUCCAACACUACAAGUACCCUGAAGGUAUCAGCAAAUAUGAUUACAUCCCAAACUUUGCUGCACGGGGGCUUCACUAUGAUAUUCAAAAAGGACUCCUGAUGAAGAUAGAUGCUUUCCAUUACAUUCAGAAAGGAACAGUCUACAGGGGCCUGAGGCCAGUGCCAGAUGAAGAGGUCCUGCAGCUCUAUGAGGGGACUCACCAUGUCCCUCUCCAUCAAUUCAGUGGCUUCUAUGGAAAGGGCCCCAAAAUGAAGCAGUUCAUGGACAUCUUCUCCCUCCCAGAGAUGACCCUCCUUGCAGUGGCAAAUGAUUUCUUCAUAUCCAACAACAUAGAAUAUGAUCCAAUUCACCUCUACAAAGAUGUUUCAGAUGCAAUUGGAAUGGUUCACAUAAAAGGCUACAUGUACAAAUGGAUCAUGCAAGACCUGGAGAAGUACAUUCUGAGAGGGGAGGAGACAUAUGCUGUACUGCACCGCCUAGUCAGUCAGGGGAAGAAACUGUUCCUCAUCACCAACAGUCCCUUCAGCUUUGUGGACAAAGGGAUGAUGUACAUGGUAGGAAAGGAUUGGAGGGACUUUUUCGAUGUGGUUAUCGUUCAAGCAGAUAAACCCCACUUCUUCAAUGAUUGUGUCAAACCGUUCAGGCGCUUGGACGGGAACGGGGACCUCCAGUGGGACAAAAUUAACAGUUUAGACAAAGGACAGGUCUACAAACAAGGGAACCUGUAUGACUUCCUUAGACUGACAGGAUGGAGGGGGUCCAGAGUUCUUUACUUUGGAGACCAUCUGUAUAGUGACCUCGCCGACCUGAUGCUGCGUCAUGGCUGGCGUACUGGAGCCAUAGUGCCUGAGCUGGAACUGGAGACUAAGGUGGUGAACACCGAGCAGUAUGCCCAGAGCCUCACCUGGCUCCAGGCUCUCACAGGCCUGGUGGAGCGCAUGCAGAUGUACCGAGAUCCAGAGUCUAUGGUGGUGCUCCAGGACUGGCUGAUGGAGAGAGAGGAGCUCAGGGCAAUGACAAAGAACCUUUUUAAUCCUCAAUUCGGCAGCAUCUUCCGCACCUGUCAUAAUCCAACCUACUUCUCCAGGCGUCUGUGUCGCUUUUCAGACGUGUACAUGGCCUCCAUCAGCUGCCUGUUGAACUAUGACCUGUCCUACACAUUCUACCCUCGUCGUACCCCGCUGCAGCACGAGGCGCCCCUGUGGAUGGACCAACUGUGCACUGGCUGCAUGAAGACCCCCUUCCUGGAGGAGAUGGCUCACAUCCGCUAAGCAGCAGAUGGCUGACACCAUGAACAGUUAGACCUAUAGCCCACUAGAGGGCCAUGUAGAUUGGUGUGAGACCAAGGUACUCCUGUGUGCACAGUUUCAUUGCCUACAAAAAAAAAGCCUGAUUUCGAAAAACUUGUUUGCAUGUUUGCACAAAGGAAGUCUUUAUAGAAUCGGUCUAUUUUUGUAGGCAAGUCAAAGUACAGUAUUGACCACCUCCAUUAGAGUACAAAUGUAAUCAGAUAUAGCAGAUACAAGUGUCAUAGUGUAGUCUGCAAAUUUAGGCCGCCACAACAAACCGUCUUGUGACGCUAAGACGUAACCUAUCCAAAGAUGAACCGGUAUUG